AUCUCUGCUUUUUCAUUGUUAAUAUUCAGCCAAACUAUCAUACAUAGAAAAAAAAAAUGAAAGGCUCUUGGAAUUCAAGGAGUAUCAUUCAUAUUACUCUUCCUUUUCUUCUCUUUUUCAUUUAUAAUUUCACGGCCGUGUUUACAGCUCCUGCUCGACACUUGUGUCAUCCUGUACAAAGAGAUGAACUUCUCAAGUUCAAGAACGAGUUUGAGAUAAAGAAACCUUGUUUGGACGGCAUUCGUCUUAAGACGGAGUCAUGGGCAAUUAAUAGUGACUGUUGCGAUUGGGAUGGUAUCACAUGUGAUACCAAGUCUUGGGAAGUGAUCGAGCUAGACCUUAGUCGCAGCUGCCUCCAUGGUCGGCUUCAUUCCAAUAGCAGUCUUUAUAAGGUUAAAAACCUAACCACUCUCGACCUCUCAUAUAAUUAUUUUAGUGGUCACAUCUCACCUUCUAUUGGAAAUUUUUCUCAUCUUACCAUUCUCGACCUUUCUAAAAAUUAUUUUAGUGGUUGGAUCCCUUCUUCAGUUGGAAAUCUUUCACAUCUUACCAUUCUUGAUCUUUCUGGUAAUGAUUUCAUUGGUGAGUUGCCAUCUUUUGGCAGUAUGAACCAGUUGAACCUCUUAAGCGUUGAAUUCAAUAAACUUGGUGGCAACUUCCCACAUUCCCUUCUCAAUCUUGAAAUGUUGUCGGAUUUAUAUCUCUCCCACAAUCAAUUUACUGGCACACUUCCUUCUAACAUGAGUUCACUCUACAACUUGGAGUACUUUCAGGCAUGGGACAACUCUUUUAGUGGAACUCUCUCUUCUUCUCUAUUCACUAUUCCUUCUUUGACUUAUGUUGAUUUGAGAGAUAACCAACUCAAUGGUACUCUUGAAUUUGGCAAUAUAUCUUCACCAUCUAAACUAACAACGUUAGACCUUGGCAAUAACAACUUCAUAGGACCAAUCCCAAAAUCCAUUUCCAAAUUAGUAAACCUUCAAGACCUUGACCUUUCUCGUUUGAACACUCAAGGCCCGGUCGACUUUAGUAUCUUCUCAAAUCUCAAGUUGCUCCAACUUCUUAACCUAUCCCAUUUAAACACCACCACUACCUUUGACUUGAAUGCAAUCUUAAGGUCGAAUCUCCAGUCAAUCUUUUUAUUGGAUCUCUCUGGGAACCAUGUUUCAACCACAAACAAAAGUUCAGGUGUGAAUCAUCAUUUGCAAAUGAUAAGCCAGUUGUACAUGUCAGGAUGCGGUAUCACCGAGUUUCCUGGGCUCUUAAGAACCCAAAACAAAUUGACGAAUCUUGACAUUUCCAACAACAAAAUCAAAGGUCAUGUUCCUGGAUGGCUAUGGACACUACCAACUUUGAAUUUUGUGGAUCUUUCCCACAACAUGUUCAUUGGUUUUGAAAGAUCAACGAAACUUGGACUAUCUAUGCAGUACUUGGUUGGCUCCAAUAACAAUUUCACGGGCGAGCUUCCCUCUUUCAUAUGUGAUAUGCGCUCUCUAAUCACUCUUGAUUUGUCUAGCAAUAACCUCAAUGGUGCCAUCCCUCAUUGUAUGGGAAACCUCAAGAGCAAUCUUUCAUUUUUAAACCUUCGUCAGAAUCAUCUUAGUGGAGAUCUUCCAAAUAACACAUUUGCAAGUCUAAGGUCGCUUGAUGUCGGGCAUAACCAACUCACGGGUAAGCUUCCAAGAUCUUUGAUCCAUUUCUCAACUCUUGAAGUUUUGAAUGUGGAAAGCAACAGAAUCAGUGACACCUUCCCUGUCUGGUUGAGUUCCCUAAAACAUCUUCAAGUUCUUGUCUUACGCUCCAAUGAAUUUCAUGGACCGGUACAUCAAGCCUCAUUUCCUACGUUGAGAAUCAUCGACGUAUCAGAUAAUCACUUCAAUGGAACUUUGCCUUCAAAUUACUUUGUGAACUGGAGUGCCAUGUCAUCACUUAAGGCUAACAAAGAUCGGUCUAAAGAAAAGUACAUGGGAGAUUUUUUUGGCUAUUAUCAUGACUCAAUGGUUUUGACGAAUAAAGGUAUAGAGAUGGAGCUAGUACGUAUUCUUAAGAUCUACACCGCACUCGACUUCUCCGGAAACAAGCUUGAAGGAGAGAUUCCACGGUCCAUCGGUACACUAAAAGAGGUUCAUGUGCUCAACUUAUCAUACAACGCUUUCACCCAUCACAUCCCAUCAUCUAUGGGAAACUUGACAGCUCUCGAGUCACUGGACGUUUCCCAAAACAAGCUUUCCGGAGAAAUUCCACAAGAGCUAGGGAACCUCUCGUAUCUUUCCUACAUGAACUUCUCUCACAAUCAGCUUGUUGGUCUAGUACCAGGAGGCACUCAGUUUCGGAGACAAAAGUGCUCUUCGUUCGAGGAGAACUCUGGACUCUUUGGUCCGGCUCUCGAUGAAGUUUGCAGAGAUAUCCACGCGCCUGCACCACAGCAGCAUGAAAAGUCGAAACCAGAGGAAGAAAAAGAAGAGGUGUUGAGUUGGGUGGCAGCUGCGAUAGGACUUGGACCAGGUAUUGUUUUUGGAUUGACGAUUGGGUGCAUAUUGUUCUCCUGCAAACAAGAGUGGUUCAUGAACGUUUUUGGUCGAAACGAACGCAGAAGCUCCACAAUGGUGGUAAAGGCUAAAAGCCGUUUUAAAACCCAAGCUGCUCGAAGAGGACAAUGAAUCAACCAAACCAAGUAAAUUGAAGAGAAAGAAGCUUGCGGAGAAAGCAACCUAGCUCCUAAUAUUCUGGUUUUUUUUGUUGAUAAAAAUAUUCUGGUUUUGUAUGUAGUUUGGUUUAUCAUGGUCUUAGUUUCCGGCUUCGCUUAGUGAGUUUCUUUUUAUGUUUGUCUCUCUAUAUUAUGGCAAAAACCUGUUGAUUCAGAACAACACCCACAUGUGUGUGUUUACUUCAUCUGUUGUCAGAUAAACAUCCCUAAA